UGGGCUGAGUGCGCUAAAGUCAUCAAGGAUCAUCACGAAGGGAUCCUACUGCGGUGGAAGGAGGAGAUAGACACGCUCCUCGUUUACGCGGGUCUCUUCUCGGCGGUGCUUACUGCGUUCACGGUGGAGACAUACGUUUUGCUCCAACCGAGCCCUACGGACACGACGAAUGCGCUUCUUGUGCAGAUGUCUGCCCAGCUCAACAGUUUCACGGUCGGUUCGGCCUUCGUCAACUCCACGCAGCAGUUCGUCGCCACUCGAUCGCAAUCCGCGUUCCGUGCUACCCUGCUUGCUGUGUGGAUCAACACUCUGUGGUUCUCGAGCCUCAUAUGCAGCCUUACUGCGGCGUCCAUCGGAAUGAUGGUGAAGCAGUGGCUGCACGAGAACGAACUUGGUCUGUUCGGAACGUCGCGCGACAUCGCACGUCUGCGACAGUACCGCUAUGAGGCUCUCAGAAAGUGGCACGUGGGCACCAUCGUCGCGGUCCUCCCCAUUCUCCUGCAGCUCGCAUCCGCGCUAUUCCUGGCGGGGCUGUUGGUACUCUUGUGGUCGCUGCAUCAGAUCGUGGCCGCCGUUGCGUCCGCGCUCGUCGGCACUCUGUUGGUGUUCACCAUCGUCACCGUCCUCGCUCCUGCCUUCGCGCCCGAUUGCGCCUACCGAUCUCCACAGGCG